CUAUUGCGGCACCAAACGGAUGAAAGCAGGCCAAAACGGAUGUCUGUUUGGAGUGGAGUUGGCCUAACACGACGACGACCCGGCGACGACCUCUGUUUCUUUGGUGAGCGAGGCGACGACCAGAAGCAGAUCCAUCCAUCCCCUUCCCACAGCUUGCCCUCGUCUCGCGGUGCACCUGUCGCCGGCGUUCGAGCUUCCUCGCCGGGCUACUCUGCGGUGCACGGCCUCCCGAUCCCGCUAGGGUUCAGAUCGACGACGCGCGCAGACAAGGGGAUACAGUUCCGCUGUUCACUGUCAGUGUGCUCGAUCCAGACCGCCAACAGAGAGAGCUAACUCUCAGCUGUUCACGUAUCGCCGGCGUCCGAGCUUCCCUGCCCUUGGCUUCUCCUCGCCGAGUGAGGGUUCAGAUCCACGACGCGGGCAGAGAAGGGAGUAGGAUUCCACUGUUCACCGUCAGUGUGUUGUGUUCCACCGACGCUGCCACUGCCCAACAAAAUCCAAAUCCCGCUAGGUUGUACAUUGACGACCUGCACUGCAGAAUAUAAUUGACUGGGCGAGCUCUUGAGCUAUCACGGCCAUAUGGAGGCGGCUUUGGUAAGCGCCGCGACGGGGGUCCUCAAACCCGUCCUGGGGAAGCUGUCUGCUCUGCUCGGCGACGAGUACAAGCGUUUCAAGGGAGUGUGCAAGGAGAUCAGGUUCCUCAUGGAUGAACUUGAGGCCAUGCACGCAUUUCUCCUCAAAAUGUCAGAGGACGAGGAUCCUGAUGUGCAAGACAAAGUUUGGGCAAACGUGGUCAGGGAGCUCUCCUACGACAUGGAGGACACCAUCGACGACUUCAUGCAGAACGUCGAUGACAAAGACGCCAAGCCAGAUGGCUUCAUUGAGAAAAUCAAGCAUACACUAGGAAAGUUGGGCAAGAUGCAGGCUCGGCGACACAUCGGCAGCGAGAUCAAAGAUUUGAAGAAACAAAUCAUUGAGGUGAGCGAGAGGAAUGAAAGGUACAAGACACGUGGGAUCUUCUCCAACACCAGAAAUGCGUCUGUUGAUGCUAGAGCUCUUGCUAUCCUUGAGGAUGCCUCCAAGCUUGUGGGAAUUCAUGAACCUAUGGCUGAAAUAAUCAAGCUGUUGACUCAAGGUGCAUCAACAGAUGAGAAACCAAAGCUGGUCUCCAUCGUAGGAUCUGCAGAAAUGGGCAAGACAACUCUUGCAAACCAAGUGUAUCAAGAGUUCAAAGAGAAAUUCAAGUGUAAGGCUUUCAUAUCGGUGUCGCGAAAUCCAGACCUGAUGAAUAUCAUGAGAACUAUUCAUAGUCAAGUCAGUGGUCUACAUUUUGAUAACACCGAAGCAGGUAGCAUACAACAAGUCAUCAUGAAUAUCAACGGUCACCUAGCAGACAAAAGGUAUUUUGUUGUCGUUGAUGAUAUAUGGAAUGUGGAGGCAUGGGAUAUUAUUAAGUUUGCAUUCCCCAUGACAAGUUCUGGCAGCAUCAUAAUCACCACUACUCGUAUAAAUGAAGUUGCCAAAUCAUGCUGUUCAUCUUUCAGUGGCAAUAUUUAUGAUAUAAAGCCUCUUAAUUCAGUGCAUUCAGGAGAGCUAUUUCAUAGAAGACUAUUCGACUCCGAAGAUAAUUGCCCUCCACACCUUGAAGAAGUUUCUAAUCAAAUCUUGGAAAAAUGUGCUGGAUUACCUUUGGCAAUCAUAGCUAUAUCUGGUUUGCUGGCUAACACAAGAAGAACAGAGGACCAAUGGAGCAAAGUAAAAGAUUCAAUUGGUCGUGCACUUGAAAGGAAUCAUGAUGUUGAAGUAAUGAUGAAGAUAUUGUCACUUAGUUAUAUUGAUCUGACUGCUCAUCUGAAGACUUGUCUCUUAUAUAUCAGUAUAUUUCCUGAGGAUUCUUCAAUUCAUAGGAUUAAUCUGAUACGGGACUGGAUAGGUGAAGGAUUCAUUCCUAAAGAAGAAGGGCUUACAAUACAUGAGACAGGAGAAAGGUGUUUUAAUGAGCUCCUCAAUAGGGGCUUGAUCCUACCUGGGGAAACAAAUGAAUAUGGUGAGGUGAGGUAUUGUCGAGUUCAUGACGUAAUUCUUGAUUUCAUCAAAUCCAAGUCUAUUCAAGAGAACUUUGUUACUUUCCUGAGUAUUUCCAAUCCAAAAGCUGGGACAGAAAGCAUUCACCGGUUAUCUCUACAAGGUGGCAAGCAAGAAAAUUCAACAAUACCAACAGCAGGCUUGGAUUUAUCCCAUGUCAGAUCAGUGUAUGGAGCUUCCGUGGAAAUGCCUUCUUUAGAGAAGUUCAGACAUCUGCGUGUUCUGCACUUGAUCCACUAUGUCCGUUAUUCAGAACAAAAUCUUGAAAAUCUAGUGAGGUUGUUCCAGCUGAGUUACUUGAACUUGAGACAUGUAGGAAUAAGAGAGCUCCCAAAACAAAUUGGGCGUUUAGGGUGCUUAGAGGUACUAGACCUAAGAGAAAAUCCGGUAAAGGAAUUACCUGCAUCUAUUGUUAAUCUCAGAAAAUUGUCGCAUCUACUUGUUGAGUAUGGUGUUAAAUGUCCUGAUGGGGUUGCGAAGAUGGAAGCAUUGGAGGCGUUGAAAGAGGUCGGUGUCUCCAUACAGUCAUUAGACUUUGUGUCGGGCCUUGGCCAGCUGAAGAAUUUGAGUAACCUGGCCCUUGAUUCUAACACCAAUGAUACAAUUGAAGCUGCGGAAGAGCGCAACAGAGCUAUCGUAUCUUCCCUGUGUGAGCUAGGCACCCAGAACCUGCAGUCCCUGACUAUUCGGGAUGGGAGAGGCCUCUUACAGGUACAUCUGUGCGAGCUUACCCUCGAGAAGCUUGUUAACUUCUUUUUAGCCAUCCCGCAGAUCCCGAAAUGGGCAAGCUCCCUCAGGAACCUCCAAAAGCUAAUCCUUGAAGUGAAGGGAGUUAAGCAGGAUGAUAUCUGCAUGCUUGGGGCCUUACCCUCUCUGCUCAUUCUGCACCUAAAGGAACAAACAAUGUCAAACGAGCUCAGAAUCAGUGGUGAAGUUGGUUUCCUAUCCUUGAAGAUUUUUAUUUAUGAUGCAAAAUAUCACACGGUAGAUCACAUGUUUGCAGCACGAUCCAUGCCCAAGCUAGAAAAACUCGUGCUUAUUUGCCACGUAGCUGAAGCUGACUCGCUGGACUUUGGAAUGGAGAACCUCCGCUGCCUCAGUACUAUCAGAUGCGAAGCAAAUGGCGACAGGGGCAUUGUUCAAGCUGCAAAGACUGUCAUGGAGAGAGCAGUCAGCACACAUCCGAACCACCCUAAUCUACUCUUUUUGCGUGUUGACAAAUAUGUUUGGUCUCUAAUUCCCAGCUUUGAUUAAAUAAGUCAAGAAUCAGGAACAGAAGAGUUGCCGCUGCUCGUUGUCUGGACGGCCAAUUUUCAAGUUUAAGAUUGCUUAGCUCGAUACUUCUCUCUUAUGUGGUACCCCAGUACACUGUACUCUCUCCGUUGGAUGAUGGAGACUACAUAGUAUCUGUGCGUUUGUACAAAAGUUUCACCACCUGGUUUAGUUUAACUACAAAGCACCAUACUGGUGAUGGAGACUACCA